AUGGAUCAAGGUGAUCGUUAUUGGAUCGUAGGAGUCAGCGGAUAUAAGGUUUUACUAGGAGGGGCAGAUGAUAUGUCGAUUCUGUUUGCGGUGAACAAUGAAUAUCGUCAAUUCACAGCGGAUCGUCCGCGGGCUCCCACAAAAUAUCAAUACGAGCAGCAUCAUGACGACGAACCUGUUAGACUUGCUUCUGUGCUGGUGUGUCCAACUAAAGAAAUUAUGGGGUUUGCAAUAGGCAUAUUUUCAUCUGACAGAGAUAGAGAAAUGCUCACGGUGAUAGUUAUAUCAAUAGAAGCAUUUUGA